UCUACCAAGCCAUUUCAAACCAUCCAUCAUCACUCCUUCUCCCAUUGUUUCUUCCCUCUCUCUUUUAUUUGAUUUCAAUACUACACAACCUUCUUUAAGUAGUGUUUAACGGUCAGGAUGAGUGGAUUGGUGGGCGGGGACAAUCUGAUGGGGAUAGGAGGGAGGGACGAUGUGGUGGAGCACUUGAGGUUGGCAUGGGAGCUGAUAAAGGGUCCGGUGGUGAUGCCACUGCUGCGGGUGGCUGUGUUCGUGUGUGCGGUGAUGUCAGUGAUGCUGUUCGUGGAGAGAGUGUAUAUGGCAGCGGUGAUUGUGUGUGUAAAGCUGUUGGGGAAAAAGAGGUACACAAAAUACAGGAGAGAGAUCAUGAGAGAAGACUUGGAGCGGAGCCGGAGCCAUCCUAGGGUGCUUGUUCAGAUACCCAUGUAUAAUGAGAAAGAGGUACACAAAAUACAGGAGAGAGAUCAUGAGAGAAGACUUGGAGCGGAGCCGGAGCCAUCCUAGGGUGCUUGUUCAGAUACCCAUGUAUAAUGAGAAAGAGGUAAAUUAUUUUUAUUUUUUUUCUUGUUUUGUUUGGGGUGUGAUCUAGACCGUUCAUCAAGUGGGGCACCAGUAA